AAUAGAAGUAGGAAUAAUCCGCUUUAGGGGUGGCUAAAUAGUGCUUAUCAUCCGUAUUCCAUAAUCAAAAUGAAUUAGACAGGUCAGUAACUAUCAGAAAAUUCUAGUUUGUGUUUUCUUCUAUCUAAAAAUGCCAUGUUGCAGAUUUAAAUAAAUCCAACAUAUUGUAUCACCACGCACUAAUUAGGAUGUACACCAUUUUAUAUUCCUUGUUUUCGGCUAUAAGAUGGUUAUUACUGCAUGUUUAGGUUCUUCAAGAAGAAAACAUAGUACAAUAAGACAGAAUGAACCUAAAAAUGAACAUUCACUCUUCAAUAAAAUUUCUUGUUCUGUUUUUGGCUUUCUCUUGUCUAAGUGUUCAGCUAGAAGCACAGCUUCGAGUUGGAUUUUACUGCAACUCAUGUCCAUCAGCUGAGCGCAUUGUCAGUGAAGAAGUAACGAAAGAAUUUAUGAAUGACAAAGGGAUUGCCCCUGGUCUUGUCAGAAUGCACUUUCAUGACUGUUUUGUUAGAGGGUGUGAUGGAUCCGUUCUCAUUGACUCCACUUCUGCAAACACAGCUGAGAAGGAUUCACCAGCAAACAAUCCCAGUCUUCGAGGGUUUGAAGUCAUCGACAACAUAAAAACUAGACUUGAAGCUGAAUGCAAAGGGGUAGUAUCAUGUGCAGAUAUAUUAGCUUUCGCAGCUAGAGAUAGUGUAGCAAUAACCAGAGGACAAAGAUAUGAUGUUCCAUCUGGAAGAAGGGAUGGCAGGGUCUCUUUAGCUUCAGAAGUGCUGCAAAACGUCCCAGGAUUCACAUUUAACGUUACUCAACUUACACAGAGUUUCACAAACAAAAAUUUGACACAGGAAGAAAUGGUCACCCUAUCAGGGGCUCAUACAAUUGGACGGUCUCAUUGCACAUCUUUCAACAAUAGGCUAUUCAAUUUCAGUGGAACAAACGGGCCAGAUCCCACUCUGGAUUCCAAAUAUGCAGGACAGUUGCAGCAACAGUGCCCACAAGGAAGCACAAAUUCUAGCCUGGUGGUUCCAAUGGACCCUCGAAGCCCAUUUAUUUCAGAUGUAAAUUACUACCAGGAUGUCUUAGCCAACAAAGGCCUGUUUACGUCUGAUCAGACGUUGUUGACUGACUCCAACACAGCUAAUGAGGUGAACCAGAAUGCAAGGAAUCAGUUCUUGUGGAUGAGAAAGUUUGCAGCAGCAAUGGUAAACAUGGGUCAAAUCGAAGUUCUUACUGGUACUAAUGGAGAAAUCCGGACAAACUGUAGGGUAAUCAAUUAAGAAAUAUGGGUUUAUUCCCCUUGUCAAGAGAUCAGACUUACUGAGUCUUAAGUAGAAUUAACUCAUGUUCGUUUGUGUCUUUGGAAGGAUAAUUUUCAGUCUCAAACAUGUAAUUUGAUGAAUUAUAUACUUGCAAGUCUAUUUUUAGAUGCAAAUUGUGGAAGACUACCAUGAACCUGAAGUACUGAGGAAAACAGAAACAGAUAAUCAAGUACCCCUUUGGAUUA